ACUCAGUGCGCAGGGAGUGCGUGAUGUCACCGCGGAAGUAUCUUCAUGCACCUGCAGAGGCUCGGACAGAGGCUCGGACAGUAGAAGCAGUAGAGUCCAGUGGACGCACCAGAGUGGAGGUGUGUGCGUGAGGAUGCUGUCUUCACUUUAGUGUCUGCGGAGUGUUUGCUGCUUCAGGAUGAGGAUCCUGGUGGCGAAGCUGCUCGGCCUGCUGGGAUUGUUUGGCCUCAUGCUGGCUGGCAUCCUGGUCCCAGUACGGCUCCUGCUGGUGGACUAUGACAAGGCACACAGGUAUAGGAGAGCUCUGUCUCUCUGCAACUCGUUCGGAGGAGGCGUAUUCCUCGCAACAUGCUUCAACGCUCUGCUGCCCGCCGUCAGAGACAAGGUGGGUGACGUCUUCAAGCAGCUGCAGAUCAGCAGUGAUUAUCCUCUGGCUGAGACGAUGAUGAUGCUCGGGUUCUUCCUCACCGUGUUCGUGGAGCAGACCGUCCUCACCUUCAGGAAGGAGAAACCCUCCUUCAUCAACCUUGAGACCUUCAAUGCCGGCGGGUCUGAGGCUGGCAGCGACUCAGAGUACGACACACCCUUCAUCUCCUCAGCGCGGGAAUCGCCGGGCAGCGGCAGCGGUCACUGCACCCAUGGACACCAACACGGACAUUUCAGCCCAGCUGAGCUGGCGGGGGCGGGGCCUCUGCGGCUGGCCAGCCUGGUCCUGGCUCUGUCAGCUCACUCGGUGUUUGAGGGCCUGGCGCUCGGUCUGCAGGAGGACGGAGCCAAGCUGGGCGGCCUCUUCCUGGGCGUGGCCGUGCAUGAGACCCUGGCUGCUGUUGCCCUCGGGGUGAGCGUGGCGAAAGCCUCGCUUGGCAUGAAGGACGCCGUCAAGCUGGGCGUCACGGUCAGCAUGAUGAUUCCGCUGGGCAUGGUCGUGGGAAUGGGCAUUGAGUCGGCUCAGACUCUGGCGGGCAGCGUGGUGUCGGUGGUGCUGCAGGGACUCGCUGCCGGCACCUUCCUGUUUGUCACCUUCUUUGAGAUCCUGUCCCGAGAGCUGGAUGACAAACAAGACCGGCUCCUCAAAGUGCUCUUCCUUAUCCUUGGAUACGCAGCACUCGCCGUCCUCAUCUUCAUCAAGUGGUGAUGGAUACGAAGUGACUGAUUCACAACAAUACCAAAGGAAAAUCUUAAAGGAACAGUUCAGCAUUUUGGAAAAUAUUCUUAUUCAUAUUCAGGCAGAGAGUAAGAGAGAGAGAGAGGAUAUGAAAAUGCCCCCGAAAUGUGGAACUUUCCUUUUAAUUUCUCUUUUAAUAAAGACACUGAGUCCAGCUGUGAAAGGCAGAAACAUCUGGAGCAGCUGGAUGGAAAGAAGCCAUUUAUUAUCCUCUGAAGGAAAAUCCUGAGCUGUGUCCGUAAUGUGUUUAAACAGAAAUAUAACAAAUCAAAGUUAUUGAGACAAUGUUUUUAAAAUGACAUGUUCAUGUUUACUUUCUUCUUCACUGCUUUUUUUUUGGUGCAUUCCUAAUUUCCUUGCAGGUCUGUGUGUCACCGGCACAAACUGAAAACGAAACAGGGACCCUCUCCUAUAAAUGUUGCUAUUAGUGGUCAAAAACUCCACAGAGUACAUUUAACCUCUUACCUACUGCUGAGAUGCACAGGUUGUAGUCCAGUGUGACAUCACUGUUGGGUGUGCUUACAGGUGCAGCACUCAGACUGAAAACACUGACAAACAGUGAACUAUGGUUAGUAACAAAUAUACAUGAAAUAAUAUAUUCGUAAGAAAUUAAUUUCUCCAGGUCUGUUGGUCAUUUUGUCUUAGAUACACUUAGUGUUCACUUUAUUAGGGUACACCCCUACAGUGUAAUGCAUCCAGCUGUUCUGGGAGGGUUCCUAAUAAAGUGGUCACUGAGUUUAUAUUAAGGCUUUAAUAAGACCCCUCUUCUAUCUUUAUGAACAUCUGUAUGAAUCCAGAGGUUGAUUUCUACUGUAAAAACACUGGAGCCUUUAAAAACAUGUACAUCUACUUUCUAUUUUUGUGAGAUUUCAUUGUUUUUUCAUAUUGUGAGUGUUGUAUUUAUUUUUUGUCUGAUAUUUAUCUCAUGUUAUUUGACAUUGGACGAUUAUUGUCAUGAUUAAAACCUCUGAAUAGCUCAGUGUA